CACGUGCCGCUGUUUGGCGCUUUUGUGCGCGCUCUGGUCUGUUGGUGCUCAGAGUGUGGCCAGGCGGCUCGGACCGAGGAGGGCUUUUCCUGCCAGUGGAUUGUGUAGAAUAUACUGCCAGACUCUUGUAUUCAGUUCACCAUGGCUUCUUCGGAUAUCCAGGUGAAAGAACUGGAGAAGCGUGCCUCAGGCCAGGCUUUUGAGCUGAUUCUAAGCCCUCGAUCAAAAGAAUCUGUCCCAGAAUUCCCCCUUUCCCCUCCAAAGAAGAAGGAUCUUUCCUUGGAGGAAAUUCAGAAGAAAUUAGAAGCUGCAGAAGAAAGGCGCAAGUCCCACGAAGCUGAGGUUUUGAAGCAGCUGGCCGAGAAACGAGAGCACGAGAAGGAGGUGCUUCAGAAAGCGAUAGAAGAGAACAACAACUUCAGUAAAAUGGCAGAAGAGAAGCUGACCCACAAAAUGGAAGCCAACAAAGAGAACCGGGAGGCACAGAUGGCUGCCAAGCUGGAGCGUUUGCGAGAGAAGGACAAGCACAUUGAAGAAGUGCGGAAGAACAAGGAAUCCAAAGAUCCUGCUGACGAGACUGAAGCUGACUAAUUUGUUCUGAGAACUGACUUUCUCCCCCUCCCCUUCCUAAAUAUCCAAAGACUGUACUGGCCAGUGUCAUUUUAUUUUGCCCUCCCGACAAAUAUGCUAGAAGCUGAUGUAGGACCAUAGGUAGAACCAGACUGUAUGGUGUUGUUUUAGGGGAUAAAGGGGAGAAACUGAAAGUGUUUUACUCUUUUUCUAAAGUGUUGAAGUCUUUCUAAUGUAGCUAUUUUUCUUGUUGCAUCUUUUGUACUUCAGUGCACGUGGUGUGCUGGGUCAAUGGCUAGUACUAUAUUGGCUCCGUGAAAACAUGUACGUGAAAGCAGUAUGUAGUGGCUUCUUUCAAAUUGUUAGAUGCUGAAUAUCUGUUUACUUUGAAAUCCCGAUUCUGUCCCUAUCUUACCAGAUGCUACUGUACUUGAAUGGUUAAUAAAACUGCACAGUGCUA